AUGGCAUCCCAGCGUCAGUUCCCAAAGUACAAUGCCAACGCGCUUAGCGAAAUCUGCUCCAGCUCGAGCAUUAGCAAGAGUGAAGUGCCUCGAGCACGUGACGUCAUCAAGUCUGUGCCCAUCUACUACAAGGAGGAUAUCCCGCUCGUAGAUGCUUCAGAGAUAAUGAACGAGUGGCACACCAUCCUCAAGGACGGCCCUGGGGUGUUCGUGGUGAAGAACUUGUCCGACAACCUCGACACGCUGGACAGAGCACAGGUUGCAGCGAACACCAUCAUCGAUAGAGAGAAACUUGAAUAUCCUGCCAGAGGUGACCAUUUCGCUGCAGGCGGUAAGAAUGAGAGAAUCUGGAACUUUUUUCAGAAACAUGCACACCAAGAUCCAGAGGGCUUUGUCGAUUACUACAGUAACCCAGUCUUAAAUCUCAUUUGCGAGGCUUGGCUCGGCCCCGCAUACGCGUUGACGUCACAGCUCAACAUAGUCUUGCCUUCUGGUGCUGCACAAGAGCCUCACAGAGAUUUUCCCUUGGGAUUCCAGAGCAGCGAGCAAACAGCGCGAUACCCAGCCAUCACGCAGAUUGCUACACAGCUGCUCACACUGCAAGGUGCCAUAGCGCAUUGCGACAUGCCACUCGAGAGUGGACCGACACUCUUGCUGCCAUUCAGUCAGAAGUACGACGCGGGAUAUAGCCACUAUCGCAACAAAGAGCUCGUCGAAUACUUCAAAGCACACGCAAUCGCCAUCCCUAUGUCGAAAGGUGAUUCAAUUUUCUUUAAUCCAGGUCUACAUCAUGCAGCUGGGGCGAAUGUUACCUCAGGAAGUGACAGUGUGAGGCGUUCUGCCAAUCUGCUUCAGAUUUCAAGCGCAUUCGGCAAGCCAAUGGAAAGUGUUAACAGGACAGCGGUCGUUUUGAAUGUGUGGGAUGACCUCAAACGCAUGCACGCAGAAUGCGGCUUCUCAUACUCCCUUGAUGCUCUCAUCUGCAUUGCUGGUGAGGGCUACUCUCUCCCAACCAACUUGGAUCUUGAUCCUCCGCCCCCUCAUGCUCACUGCCCUCCUUCUCACCAGGACGUUAUUAGAAGGGGUCUGCGUGAAGGUUGGGAUUACUAUAGAGCUAAAGAGGAAUUAAUCAGGCGCGAAAAUGUCAGACAAGCUUCAGCUUAA